AUUAUAUCUACAUAAAGCUUGAAACGAGAAUUCCCAAAUUUACUGUAAAAAAAACUUCGAUUAUUAAACGGUAUAAAAAUUUUGGAAAUAUUAGCCUUUUUUAAAUUGGUGAAUUAUCUGUGAAAUGUAAGAAGCAAAUUAUGAUUUUACUCAAUGUUGAGUUAAGCAAACCGUAUUAAUUAAUAAAUACAAUAAGUAUUGAUAACUUAAAUUGAAAGAACGAAUUUUAUCUACAUACCUACAUUAGGUGUACAAGUAUUAUUUGUCAAUUUGUAAUCGGAAAUGAAGUAGACAUUUUUCAGUAAAUUUUAUAAAUCAUAAAAAUUAUUUGCAAUGGCUAAACGAUUAAGUAAAAAUUGUACAUCCAUAUCCCAUAAUCCAAGCAACACUGAAAUUGUACCAGAGUCAUUGAAUGAUGUCUUCCGUUGUUUCAUUUGUAUGGAGAAACUCCAGGACGCUCAUUUAUGUCCUCAUUGCUCUAAACUCUGCUGUUACGUAUGUAUUUCGCGAUGGUUAACUGAGCAAAGACGUCAAUGUCCACAUUGCAGAGCCUCACUGCAUGUCAGCGAGUUGGUUAAUUGCCGUUGGUUGGAGGAUGUUGCCGUGCAAGUUGAAAACCUUCAGCAAAUAUGUACUAAUAUUCGCGCAAAUGGUUUAUUUAAAAAUAAAGAACAGGAUCAGUGCCCUUCGCAUCAGGAAAAGUUAAGCGUUUAUUGCUGGACUUGCAAGUGUUGUAUUUGUCAUCAGUGUGCAUUAUGGGGUGGAACACAUUCUGGUCAUAUUUUUAAACAAUUAGAUUUAGUCUACGAAACGCAUAUAGCGCAGGUAAAAGAAGAAGUUUCGCAAUUGAAAAGCCGUUUAGUUGAGUUGAUUAGUUUAGUACAAGAUGUUGAACAAAAUGUCGAAACCGUACGUGACGCAAAAGAUGAAAAAGUACGGGAGAUCCGAAAUGCUGUUGAAUUGAUGAUUGGUCGACUUGACGCUUCCUUGAGGAUUAAAUUGGUUGCCUUGAUGCGUCAGAAGAAUUCUUUAACCCAGGAGACUGAGCAACUGGAGCAUUUAUUGCAAGAAAUUGAACAACAGCUCACUACUUGUUCUAAAUCGCAACUUAUAAUGAAAUCUCCUGAGCUUCUUAAAAUGAUUUUGCAAGUUCGUAUAAAACCAAUGACAAGCUAUAUCACUGCCCCAAUUCCACCAAAUUUUGUAAGUGAAAUAGUGCCACCUUAUGAUACUGGAACUUUUCUGAUGAAGCGUUUUAGUCAGUUGCAAUUAAGAGGUCAGCCAGUGUACUCAGAACCAUUAGAUUGUAAUGGAUUGCAAUGGAGGCUAAAAGUUUAUCCAAAUGGUAAUGGACCUGUUCGGAACGAAUACUUAUCAGUAUUUUUAGAAUUAACAGUGGGGCUCCCUGAAGCGAGCAAAUAUGAAUACCGUGUACAAAUGAUUCACCAGAGUUCAAAUAAAAUAAUACAGCGCGAAUUUGUUUCUGAUUUUUCUGUCGGGGAAUGUUGGGGCUAUAACAGAUUUUUCCGGCUGGACUUACUAGCCUCUGAAGGUUAUUUAAACUUGUUGAAAGAUACACUAGAAUUAAAAUUCCAAGUUCGGCAAUCAACCUAUUAUCAAAAAUGUCACGACCAACAGUGGUAUAUUGGGCAAUUAUUACUUAAACAAAAGGAAUUGGAAAAGGAAGUUAAGUUUCUGAAGGAUAAAUCUAGUUUUCUUGUUGAAAACGCAACUGCGAAGACAGUUGAAGAUGUUAAACCAAAUAAAAAUGAUGGUGAUUUGUCAGCAACUGCAUCUGGUACAAACAGCGAUCGCUCAACAUCUUCCAGUUCAUCAAAAUCUAACAAGAAAGCUGUCAAAAAGAGCUCUGAGGGUGAUUUAAGUUUAAAUAGAAGUAAUAUAUCACCUUCCCCUGUAGACAACACUCAAGACAGUCAGUCACAGAAAAGUAAAGACACUUCGAAAAUUGAUCAAAAUUCAUCCGGAGGUUCAGAAAACAAUACAAUUAAGAAAGCGGCUAACAGUGUUCAUAUGUUUAAAAACCUUGAUGCGACAUUUAAAGGAAUUCUACAAUCAUUAAAUGUCCCAACUAAAAGUCAAAGUCCUGAUCUCACUACUACCAAACAAGGUGCUAAUGCUCUGCCAACACUCGACUCUACAGAUAAAACAAAACAGUUAGCCAUAUCAUUUUCAUCGCCGAAUUUGCAUAGUGCUGAUGAGUUCGAAAGUAGCAUUCAAGAACAAGAACAAAUUACAACUGCAUUGGCUUCGGAGCUAAAAAAAACUAACAAAGAUAAUUUGACUGAACUGGAAGAUUUAUUUCUCAGCACGUCAAGUGCAUUUGAAGAUACAGCUUCUUUGUGUGAUGAGCUACAAAAUACAUUUUUAGCAAGGGAAAAUGACGCAGAAUAUGCUGAGUUCUCUAUGACUCAAGAUAUUCCACUGAAAUCGAUAUCAAAAAGAGAAUCACUAUUAAAUGCCAGCAAUCCAACGAGUAGUGCUUCAACUGCGUAUAAUCCAAAUUCAAUUGAUGCAUUUAUUAACAAUUACUAUCAAACAAAGAGUCGUGAUUUCACAAAACGACGAAUAACUGACGAUGAUGUCGUCCUUCUAACGUUGUUUGAUAGUCCAAAUUCUGGAAGUAAUCAUCAUAAUAACAAGGAGUUUAUGAAAAAUGAUACAAAAGUAUUAUCUAACAGUGACGAAAACGAUGGGUGCCAAAAUGCAGAAUCAUCUACAAGUAGAGACAGAAAAAAUUCUUAUACGGGAGGUGUAUUAGAAACUUUAAUAGAACCACCUAAGUUAAGUUUUUUGUAUGAUUUAGAUGAUGAAGAUUCUUCAAAUGAUAGUUUAAUGUUAUUUAGAACUACCGAAGGUUUGAGACCCAGAAAAAAAAUUGAAGGGCAUAAUUCUAAUACGGAAUCCGGUUCAGCAAGUAGUUCGCCAAAACAUAAAACUGAUUCGCAGAUCAAUAGACGUCAUAGAAACGAUAAUUAAUUGAAAAUAAAGGAUUCAUAAAAUUUUAAGUAUUCAAAUAUUUUUUUUUUUAUUUUGUUUUGUUAUAUUAAAAUUAUAGUUUAAAGCAUAACUUUAGUUUUAUGUAUCCAAUUGUUUUUUUUUUUUUUUUGUGAUAUUUAGAAUUAAAAUUAAAAUUUAAUAAGAUUUAAGAGAGUUUAAAAGUAAUACAAUAUCAUAAUUAUUGUUAUGCGUAAAUGAAAUAGUGUGUUUUAUCGGCAAAACUCUUGUUGGUGAAACACUCUGUAUAUUCAGUGCAAAUAACUGAGAAGCAUAGAAUUAAGAGCAUCUAAUUUUUAAAAGUUAGAAAAAAAUUAUUAAUUUCUAGAAAGAAUAAAAUAUAAUGAAAACUCAGCACGACGUAAUAAUUGUGGAGAAAAAAAUUAAAUAUAAA